AUGGCAGCCAACGGCAAUGUUAAAGGCGCCGAGCCCUUGGACUUUACCAAGUUCCAGAAUGUCAUCAAUGGCAAGCUGGUAGACACGAAAGAAACUCGACGCACUGUCAACCCCUCGACAUUUGAGGAGCUUUACCCAGUCCCCGUCUCCAGCCAAACCGACAUUGACGAGGCCAUUGAGGCAGCCAAGAAGGCACAAGAGUCGUGGGCCAACGUUCCAUGGGCAGAACGUGCGCAAGCUGUCAAGGACUAUGCGGACGCCCUUGAAGCAUUGUCUGAGGACUUUGUGAAGCAGUUGGUGACGGAGCAGGGCAAACCGAAAGCAUUCGCCCAAGGCGAGCUUGCCGACGCAGUCAAGUGGCUUCGCCAAUUUGCUGAAUUUCCUGAGCCAGAAGAUGUUCUUCAGGAUGAUGACAAGAAGAAAGUCAUUACUCGAUACACACCACUUGGCGUUGCCGUCGGCAUUGUUCCUUGGAACUUUCCUAUCCAGCUGUCUGCUGGUAAGAUCGGAGCUGCUCUUAUAACGGGAAACUCUUUCAUUCUCAAGCCUUCUCCCUUUACACCCUACGGAGGCCUCAAGCUCGCCGAGCUGGGCCAGCGAUUCUUCCCACCGGGCGUGUUCCAGGCCCUGAGCGGCGAUGACAAUCUCGGACCGUGGCUGACAGCCCACCCGGGCGUCGACAAGGUCUCCUUUACGGGCUCGACGGCGACGGGCAAAAAGGUCAUGGAGAGCUGCGCCAAGACACUGAAGCGGGUGACGCUCGAGCUUGGCGGCAACGACCCGGCCAUCAUUUGCGCCGACGUGAACCCAGCCGAGGUGGCACCUGGUGUAGCAUUCAUGGCCCUGGCCAACUCGGGACAGAUCUGCAUCGCCAUCAAGCGCAUCUUUAUCCAUGAGUCCGUCUACGACGACGUGCUCAAGGCUAUGGUGGCCUUUGUAAAGUCGCUCAAGGUCGGCGACGGCCACGAGGAGGGCACCUUUCUCGGUCCCAUCAACAACCAGCAGCAGUUUGAGCGCGUCAAGAACCUUCUCGAGGACAUUGAGAAGACGCAGCUCAACAUUGCCACGGGUACCACCAAGAACGUUGGAGAAAAGGGGUAUUUCAUCCAGCCGACCAUUAUCGAUAACCCUCCCGAGGACUCGAGGAUCGUGGUGGAGGAACCUUUUGGUCCUGUCUUCCCGGUACUCAAAUGGUCCGAUGAAGAAGAUGUCAUCAAGCGGGCAAACAACACGGACAUGGGACUCGGAGCAUCCGUGUGGACUCGCGACCCACAGCAGGCCGAGCGUAUCGGUAGAAGGCUCAAGGCUGGCAACGUCUGGAUCAACUGUCACGGUGAAGUCCAACCCAACGCCCCAUUUGGAGGCCAUAAGCAGAGCGGUAUCGGCUACGAAUGGGGUGUUGGUGGGCUGAAGGCAUACUGCAAUGCCCAGUCCAUCUACUUGAAGCGAUCUGCGUGA